AUGACAUUGAUGGCUUCAAGAGCUGAUAUAGGGAUCUCUGCCCUAACCAUCACCCCCGACAGGGAAAAUGUGGUGGACUUCACAACACGUUACAUGGACUACUCGGUGGGCGUGCUGCUUCGAAAGGCAGAGAAGACAGUGGACAUGUUUGCCUGCUUGGCACCGUUCGACCUCUCCCUGUGGGCGUGCAUAGCUGGCACUGUGCUGUUAGUAGGGCUACUGGUCUACCUCUUAAACUGGCUCAACCCCCCGCGCCUUCAGAUGGGAUCCAUGACCUCCACAACCCUCUACAACUCCAUGUGGUUUGUGUAUGGAUCCUUUGUUCAACAAGGAGGAGAGGUUCCGUACACAACCCUGGCAACCCGACUGAUGAUGGGGGCUUGGUGGCUUUUUGCUUUGAUUGUCAUCUCCUCCUACACGGCAAACCUAGCAGCUUUCCUCACCAUCACACGCAUUGAGAACUCCAUCCAGUCUCUCCAGGAUCUCUCAAGGCAGACGGAUAUUCCUUAUGGCACUGUCUUGGACUCCGCAGUCUAUGAGCACGUCCGAGUGAAAGGGAUGAAUCCUUUUGAGAGGGACAGCAUGUAUUCCCAAAUGUGGCGGAUGAUUAACAGAAGUAACGGCUCGGAGAACAACGUCAUGGAAUCAACCGCGGGCAUUCAAAAGGUGAAACACGGGAACUACGCCUUUGUAUGGGACGCAGCAGUACUGGAGUACGUGGCCAUCAACGACGCAGACUGCUCUUUUUACACGGUCGGGAACACUGUUGCGGACAGAGGAUAUGGGAUCGCACUGCAGCACGGCAGCCCCUACCGAGAUGUUUUCUCACAAAGGAUUUUGGAGCUGCAGCAGAAUGGCGACAUGGACAUACUGAAGCAUAAGUGGUGGCCAAAGAACAGUCAAUGUGACCUUUACUCAUCUGUGGAUACCAAACAGAAAGGAGGUGCCCUGGACAUAAAAAGUUUUGCAGGUGUUUUCUGCAUCCUCGCUGCUGGGAUUGUCCUAUCCUGUUUCAUUGCAAUGUUGGAAACGUGGUGGAAUAAAAGGAAAGGCUCCCGGGUUCCAUCAAAAGAGGACGACAAGGAGAUCGACCUGGAGCAUCUCCACAGGCGCGUGAACAGCCUCUGUACAGACGACGACAGUCCUCAUAAACAGUUCUCCACGUCGUCAAUUGACUUGACCCCACUGGACAUUGACACUUUACCCACACGUCAGGCACUGGAGCAAAUCAGUGACUUCAGAAACACUCACAUCACCACAACCACCUUCAUACCAGAACAGAUCCAGACUCUGAGCCGCACGCUGUCUGCUAAAGCUGCUUCGGGUUUCUCCUUCGGCAGCGUGCCCGACCACCGAACUGGCCCUUUCAGGCACAGGGCACCCAACGGUGGCUUCUUCAGAAGCCCCAUCAAAACAAUGUCAUCUAUCCCUUACCAACCAACUCCUACUCUGGGGCUGAAUAUUGGUAGUGACCCAGACCGAGGCACCUCCAUCUGAGCAUCAGACCAAGUUUCUUCACUGUUCCUUUUUUAGGACUCCCUUUGCAAGGAGCAGCUGUAAUAUUGUGGGACUAACAUGGA